AUGGCAGGCAAAAAACCAGGCAAAGGCAGAUUGCAGAAACAGCAAGAAGCAAAGGUCUAUGAGCUCACCGUGGAUCUCAUGGAGGAGAAAUGCCAGGCUGACGACACUUUUUGCGCCAAGAACCUGACCAACCUCGAGGUGUUUCGUUAUGUGCAGGCACGAGGAGGUCCUACUGGGCGUCUAGGAAAGCAGGAGCUGGGCCGGCAUGUUGACGCAGCCAUCACUUUGUUGCGACAAGAAGAGGAGAGUGGCAUGUUUGGUGGAAACCCCGAAAACGGUCUGAAUGGAGACGCGAUGGAUGUUGAGGAAGAUAUUGAUAUCGCUGAGCCUGCCAGUGGGCCUAUUUUUGGAGCUCCUGCCCCCGAGAAGAAGGAAGACACUUCUACAGCAUCCACUCCGGCUGUCUCCACCCCUAUCCUGGACUCCAACAGCAUGAACAAGAGCGUGGUGGGUCUGUGGAACACCACGCCUGCUGGAGGUGCUACUCCUACAGCUAUCUCGGGAGCUGCUACUCCUGUCGAAGGCGGAGACAACGAAAAGAAGAGAAAGCGAGAAAAAACUAAAGAGCGAGCCGCAAAGAAACAGAAGGUAGAACACAAAUCAGAGCUUUCCAUCAGCUUAGAAGAUCUGGGAGGUAUCGAGAAGGUUAUUGAGCAGAUCACCAAGUCUGUUCUGGUUCCUCUGACGCAUCCCGAGGUCUACAAGACUACGGGUCUCACUAUGCCUCGGGGUGUGCUUCUGCACGGUCCCCCUGGAUGUGGUAAGACCGUUCUGGCCAAUGCCAUUGCUAACAAGGCUCAGGUUCCGUUCAUGUCCAUUUCCGCGCCCAGUGUGGUGUCCGGUAUGUCUGGAGAGAGUGAAAAGAAAAUCCGAGAGAUAUUCGAGGAGGCUCGGGCCAUUGCUCCCUGUCUUUUGUUUAUUGACGAGAUUGAUGCUGUCACUCCUAAGCGAGAAGGAGGAGGACGAGGCAUGGAGACCCGAAUUGUCGCCCAGCUGCUCACAUGUAUCGAUGACCUGAACCCGGAAAAGAAUGAUUUCCGACCCGUGAUUGUUCUUGGAGCUACUAAUCGACCUGAUGCAAUCGACCCUGCUCUGCGACGACCCGGUCGUUUCGACGAGGAGAUCGCCAUGGCUGUUCCAGACCGAAAGUCCCGAGAACUCAUUCUCAAAGCCAUCACACGGCCUCUUAAGCUCAAUGACGACAUUGACUUCGAGCUGCUGGCCAUGCGAACUCCCGGUUAUGUGGCUGCUGAUCUCAAGGCUCUAGUUACUGCUGCAGGCUCUAUGGCUCUGGAACGAGCCUUCAAGCAGCUCGUGGAGAAUAAGGAGGCUGGUCAGGAAACAAGCGACAAGAUUGAGGAGAUCAAGGAUACAGAUUCUAUGGAUGUGGAGGGUGCCCCCCAAGAUGGGCAGCCCACUGAAGCUGUCAAGACUGAAACAGACAGCAUAAGUGCCGGUGAUGUGAAGGAAGAGCCCGUUGAAACGCCUGUUGAGACCCCCAAGCCCACUACUGUUAUCACUCUCCCCAACCCCCCUCAUACUUCUGUUUGGGUUGAUUUCCUGCGAAUGUUCCCCAACCCCCUGACUGCUUCUCAACUUCAGAACAUGGUCAUUGCCCUCAAUGAUUUCCUGAUGGCUAUUCCUCUAAUCCAGCCCUCUUCCAAGCGAGAAGGAUUCGCAACUGUUCCCGAUGUCUCCUGGGAGGACGUUGGUGCUCUGGCUCAGGUUAGACAGGAGCUUCACAUGGCCAUUGUCCAACCCAUUCGACAACCGGAUCUGUUCAAGAUGGUUGGUGUUGAUGCUCCUGGAGGAGUGCUUUUGUGGGGACCCCCUGGUUGUGGUAAGACCCUGCUUGCUAAGGCUGUGGCUUCCGAAACUGCCGCCAACUUCAUCUCUGUACGAGGACCCGAGCUUCUCAACAAGUACGUGGGUGAAAGUGAACGUGCUAUCCGACAGGUGUUUGAGCGAGCUGCUCUAUCGUCACCCUGCAUUAUCUUCUUUGAUGAGUUUGACUCUCUGGCUCCUCGACGAGACGACGGCGGAUCCGAGCAUUCUUCCAGACUUGUCAACACUCUUCUUACCGAGCUUAACGGUCUCACUGAGCGAAGAGGUGUGUACGUUAUCGCUGCCACUAACAGACCAGAUAUUAUUGAUCCCGCCAUGGUUCGACCCGGUCGUCUGGACAAGACUCUGUUUGUGGGCUUGCCCGACGAGAAUGAACGGUUUGAAAUUCUGUCGAAGGUGUGUCGAAAGCGACCCCUGGCUGCUGAUGUCAACUUGCGGAACAUCGUUGCGGACUCUCGAUGUGGAAACUACUCCGGUGCCGAUCUCACCCAGCUGGCCAACGAGGCUGGUCUCAUGGCUCUCAGACAGCAAGUGUUCACCCAUGGAGCUGAAAUAAUUCACGAUCACAAGGCAGCUCCUCCAAGCAGCAUUGAGAUUACUAACCACCAUUUUGAGGAAGCCUUCAACAAGAUCCGACCUUCAGUCACUGACGCAGAUCGGCUCAAGUACGACGCUCUCAAGCUCACUUGGUAA